AUGGAUCUACACACCAGUAAAAUAAUUGAUUUUAAGCUCGUACAAAAAGGUAUGUUUCAAGGUGAUCUCGAAAGAAAAGCGUGUGAAUUAUUAUUAGAAAAUUUAACUAAAGAAGAAAAUAUGAAAAUAAAAUUAUUUUUAUCCGAUAGGCAUAAAGGUAUACGGUAUUAUUUACGAACACAGCACCCUGAGAUUGAACAUGAGUUUGAUAUAUGGCACUUAACAAAAAGUUUAAUGAAGAGAUUAAAAACAUUAGAAAAGAAACAUCCAGAUGUUUUUCUAUGGAAAUCUAGUAUUAACAACCAUUUAUGGUGGUCGGCGCAAACUUGCCAAGGAAAUGGUAAAAUAUUGGUUGAAAAAUUUUUAUCAGUUUUACAUCAUAUUAGUAAUGAACACGAAUGGGAAACGAGUGGAGAAAUAAAACGAUGUGAACAUGAGUCAAUAUCAGAAAAAGAAUCAAAUGAAAAAUUAUGGAUUAACCCUCUGAGUGAAUCAUUUUUUGCGUUAAAAAAAAUUUUAACAGCGAAAGAUUUUAUAAAAGAUUUGGAACAGGCAAAACAUUUUGUUCAUACGGGUCGGUUAGAAUCUUACCACAAUGUACGACUAAAAUAUAUGCCGAAGCGCAUACAUUUAAAAUAUAAUGGUAUGUAUUUACGUUCCAUUUUAGCAAUACUAGAUCAUAAUUAUAACACAGGCAAAAACAUAAUUGGUGAUAAAAUGGUUUUUUCGAAAUCUCUUCGAAAAUACACAAUAAAAAAUACUUACGAACGAUCAAAGAUGGAUUGGCGGAAACAAAUUAUGAAUAAGAUUGAAGAAUUGUCAAAAGAAAAUAUCUUAGAACCUAUGAAUAUCUCUGAAAAUGUAUCUGUUCCACAAAAUAUCGUUCUUUUACCGAAACCAGAUUUAGUCGAAAUGCGUGAAAAAAAAUAUUCAAGAUUUUCUAAUAAAUAA